AUGCCGCCUGGCAAAUACACCAGCCUGCCUCCACGUCCACAGCGCGACCCUUACAGAAGUCCGCAAUCUCCUUUGACUAGAGGCAGCCCGACUCCCCGUCUGUCGAAACACUCUGCGGAGUUGCCUACGUAUUCUGCCGCCUAUCCAGGUCCAAUCGAGACAUGGGCACCUAAACGGCGCGCAUCUGGCGAUGGGGAGGGUGUCAAGGAUGACCCUAUCAUCAUGGACAUAUCUGAGCCAGAUAAUGCCCACCCCAAGGUGGUCUCGCCGUCAUCAAACUCAGAACCGAUCCCGCCUCCGUUGCAGAAGUCGCAUACCACUGGCACGCCUGCUGCCUACAUGCCUCAAACACAGAACCCAGCCACAACCCCUUUGCCACUUCGGGUGCCCAUAAGUCGAGCAUUGAGAAUACAGCCAGAGCACAAGUACAACAGACCGGUUGAAAAGCACAGGUCAACGAGACAACAGUCAUCUUUUAACAAGGAUAUCCCACGCCACUACGAGGCACCCACUCAGACAACAUAUCACGGAGGUAGCAGAACCUGGGGCAUUCCCUUGGGCACUGUGACCAGAAAAAGACGCACAACUGAAGAUAUGACUACAGCCGCUGCUCCGGCUUCUGCCCACAACGGAUACGACCCCGAUGCCGUGGUGCCUCGGAAUAGCCCCUUGCUGGUCCCGAAAAGAAGAACCUUCCGACGAAGCAUCAGUCCUCCACCAGACAUUCCGCUGGUUCAAGUCAGCCCGUCGAAACACUCGACAUCAAAAUCGAACCCCUUCAAGCCUUACGCGAAGGAAUUCUCGCAAUCAUGGGAAAGCGAGAUACCGUCGCGGUCAAGAGUCUACCACGACGAGGAACGCCGUGCCCGUCGAACCGCAAGCUAUGAGAAGCUUGAGCGCCCACCUCCCAGUCAUGGUAGCAGGAAAACUAAGCGUCGACCCGGGCUACGUCCAAGUCAAGGCGAUGCCGUUCUGAUAGGAAUCAUGGACAAUGGAAGGCAUCCGGAUAUCGCUAGCAUGGCUGGUCAAGAGGCGUUACCGAGCGAUUCGGAGGAAGUCUCCAGCUACAGCGACAGCGACGACAGCAGGGACAUGUCCCUGCCCGACACAAGCAGGACUCUGGCGACGUCGCUACACUCCCAAUCCAAUUCAGGAUUGAGCGCCAGCCAUGGCGGACUCGGCCGCGGCCGCCAAUUCUUCUGUUCACUGAGACCAGCCGGCGUUGCUAACAGGGGUACGAUAUCAAAGGAUAAUACUAUUGGCGAUGAGGCGCGAACAGCGGAUAUCUUGGCUAAUAUGGGCAAGAAGAUCUGCAGGACGCCGCAGUCAACGAAGAAGCUUCCGCCGAUUCAAACUGCCUCGCUAUGGUCAGAUUGA